CAUCACCAAAGCCUCAUCUGCGUGAGCCAAAACAGGGGAGGCACGCAGCCUGCCGCUCGCUCACUUACCUGCCUUCUAUUAACCUGUUAUUAAUAAACCGGGCAGAUCACGUGGUCGGCCACGCCGAGGACACCAUCAGUCGUUUUCAACAACGAGAGGUGAUUUCUCUGCGCUCAUCACCGUGAAGGAUGCUGCUGAUCCCGCUGCUGUGAGUCUCUCUCUCUCUCUCUCUCUCUCUCUCUCUCUCUCUCUCUCUCUGUGUGUCUGUUUAUAGAGCUCCUCCUCUAUCGUCAGCGAGUGGUCACAUUUUUGGUUUUUUUUGUUGGUUUGUUUGGCUCAAUGAGAGCAAGAGGGCACCGGAGAGGAUUUCCUAAUCUCAACGUGCAGCCGAGCCGUGCGCCUGUUUUUCUCUCGCCUGUGUCAAAGCGAAGGCUGAUAUGAUGACAUCCUUUGGAAAACUGGAUCCUGGACAGCACCGAAAACCUUCUCAUCUUAUUUGAAUCUGAGGGAAAUACAAUGUUUAACUCCCCAAAGUUCCUAACCACCUGUUAAGAGCGAGGACACUGAGAGCUGCACCAUCAUAGCUUCAGAUCAGCCCAGCAUGGACUGUUCGGAGAAAAGAUCUGCAGAAGGCGUUGGCUGCAAGCAGCCUGGACGGAGAUAUUUGCGGAAAAAGCUCCGGCCUGUUCGGGUUCUGGGGUUGGUAUUCAGCCUGGUGGCUUUAAGUGCCGUCUCUAUCAGUGCCUUGAGCCGGAGUUCAGAUGGGCUCAGCGAGCCAUCGCUCCCCCAGGUGGAUCUUCAGCAGUCAACCCCACACAGGACCCUACUUUUCACCCCACAUCAGGGGGACCCAAAUGCGUCCGUUGACAUGCCCAUAGCCAUGAAGUCCACAGCAGAUGACAAUGAGACACAGGGGGAGUACCCACAGGACCUUUUUACCCUGGAGGAGAGGCGACAAGGAGCAGUGGUCCUCCAUAUGUUUGGCAUGAUCUACAUGUUCAUUGCCUUAGCCAUCGUGUGUGACGAGUUUUUUGUUCCAGCACUGACUGUAAUCACAGAGAAGCUUUCCAUCUCAGACGACGUGGCAGGUGCCACCUUCAUGGCGGCUGGCGGUUCGGCCCCAGAGCUCUUCACCUCCAUCAUUGGAGUCUUCAUCUCUCACAGCAACGUGGGCAUCGGCACCAUUGUAGGCUCGGCCGUCUUUAACAUCCUCUUUGUCAUCGGGAUGUGCGCCAUCUUCUCCAAGGAGAUCCUCAACCUGACAUGGUGGCCGCUCUUCCGCGACGUGUCUUUCUACAUCCUGGAUCUGAUCAUGCUCAUCAUCUUCUUCUUGGAUAACAUCAUCACCAUCUGGGAAAGUCUCACACUGCUCUCCGCCUACGCUGCCUAUGUGAUCUUUAUGAAGUUCAACAGCACGGUUGAGGGCUUUGUCAAGGGUUGCAUGCACAAGAACCAAGUGGUGGAAGUAGAGGUGCAACCCAAGUUGAGCCCCGGGGCGCCAGACGACGAUGGCAAGUUGUCGGCCAGGCCUCGGCUGCAACGGGGAGGCAGCUCUGCUUCCCUGCACAACAGUUUGAUGAGAAACAGCAUUUUCCAACUGAUGAUUCACACGCUGGACCCUUUAAGUGAAGAAUUUGCUGACUCUGAGCUUGGGACUUAUGGGAAACUAAAAUAUUAUCACUCAAUGACUGAGGAAGGUAAAUUUCGUGAGAAGGCAUCUAUCCUUCACAAGAUCGCUAAAAAGAAAUGCCAAGUGGAGGACAGCGAGAAGGCCAAUGGAGUAGCAAGCCGUGCAGAAAAGAAUCUUCCUAACAGCUCCAGCGUGGAAGUGGAGGUGACCCCACCUAUGAACGGGACAGCAGGGCAAGAGGGAGAGACGGCUGAAGAUGAGGAAGAGGAGGACCAGCCUCUGAGCCUGUCCUGGCCCGAGUCCAAUCGCAAGCGCUUCACCUACCUCUUUAUCAUGCCCAUCGUCCUCCCCCUGUGGCUGACUCUUCCUGACGUCAGGAAAACGUCGUCAAAAAAGUUCUUCCCGGUUACAUUCCUGGGGGCCAUCUGCUGGAUUGCGGCAUUCUCCUAUCUAAUGGUGUGGUGGGCUCACCAGGUUGGCGAGACCAUCGGGAUUACAGAGGAGAUUAUGGGUCUGACUAUAUUAGCAGCUGGAACCUCUAUCCCCGACCUCAUCACCAGUGUCAUUGUGGCACGCAAGGGGCUGGGCGAUAUGGCCGUAUCCAGCUCUGUGGGCUCCAACAUCUUCGACAUCACUGUUGGGCUGCCGUUUCCCUGGCUCCUGUGGUCCAUGUUCCGCGGCUUCAUCCCGGUGCAGGUCAGCUCCAACGGCCUCUUCUGCGCCAUCGUGCUCCUCUUCCUCAUGCUCCUCUUCGUCAUCAUCUCCAUCGCCGCGUGCAAGUGGCGAAUGAGCAAGCUUUUGGGCUUCAUCAUGUUCAUGCUGUACUUCGUCUUCCUGGUUGUUAGCGUCAUGCUGGAGGACAGGGUGAUCAGCUGCCCCGUGUCCGUCUGACGGGCCCGCCGGGGAGCUGCCCUCCCCUGACCCACCUCGUCACCAUCCAACAACCAUCCAUACAGCCUGCCGUCGAUCUCACCUGACCCUCAUGAUCCUUUCCACCACAAGAACCGCGCGUGAGGAGUAACAAAAAAACGGGACGAAACAUGGAAUCUGCGAACAAUUUUGGCCCACGGGGAGGAGGGGUGACGAUUUUGUGGAUAAUCUUUUUGAGGAAAGGGCGCGAGCCAAGUGAAAAGGUAUUAUGCAUGCAAUUAAGCUCACUGGAGGAUCUGGAUUCAAGUCGUCGCCUGACAUGUUGGAGUGGCAGCAUGCUCACAUUUUCAACAGCAAAAAUGCCACGACUUGAGCAGCAACUGUGAGCACAUUUGAACGGACAAGCUCGCUCAGCAGGCCGAAACAAAUGUUGGACGCAGAUGAAUUUAUUCAUGAGGACAUGGCAGACUCUGCGGAUGAGUGUUUCGCUCCAAAGCCGAUGGUAUCGAGACUCUCGUGUGAGAUUUCUGUAGACAAACUUUUCCUCCUUUUUUUUUUCUUUCUCUUUUUUUUUUUUUUUUUUUUGCGGAUCCAUCUGUGCUCGGUCUUUAUAACACGUUUCAGCCUUCAUCCUGUCCUGCCAAUUGCCGUCGACACAUUUCCACUGAGCAUUUUUUUUCUUUUGGCUCAAUAGAAGUAGCAGUAGGUUUACAGUAACAGUAUUAUUCAACGUGAAGCCAUCUUAACAGUCUGCUUCUCUUCUUCUCUCGCUGAUUGUACAGAAUCCUCCAUGCUUCACAUGUACCGGUUUAAAAAAAAAAAAGCUUAAAGCCUGACUGAAGUUUAGAGACUAGCCUUCAAAUAUCUCACAGUUUGGAAGAAAUGCAUGAGUACAUAGGCUUAAUAAAGUUAAAUACCUAGAAGUACCACAUGAAAAAGAUGUUUACCAUGUUUAAGCAUCAUGGUUGGCUUAGAUUAGUCAAUGUGUAGUGCUUCGUUCACCAUAAAACUUGCCUCAAGUCACCUAAUCAAACCGUUUGAGGCCAAGUAACAAGGCAUAAACUGCAUGGGGAAAAAAAAGACCCUUCAGGGUGAGAAAAUAACUAACAUUAAGAAAGUUGUAUACGAAAAAAAAAAAAAAUUACUUUUGUUUUUAACUACUUUUUUGCAAAUCAAGACUCAAUCUCUAUGUAUGGUCAACGAUAUCUAUCGAGCUGUCUAUCAAACCAUUUUCUCUCCAAUCAAAGGUGCUUUUGUGUGCAUGUGUGCAAAUGUGCAUUUGGAGUCACCACACUGAAAUUUACUCACUUAUAGAGGCAUUUUGCAUAAUGUACGCACACCGAUUUGUCUCUCUUUAAGCUACGUAGAUUGUGGAAAACUCACAGACUUUAUAGCAAUAUACCACAUGUCGUCUUUGAGAGUGUAGUCGCUCCAUGCCUGUUUUGCUAAUUUGGGAAUCUCUUAUCAGACGCCUUCAAUGGAAGAUGAGCAACAAUAAGCGGUACGCCAAUUUUCAUUUUGAAAUGUGACAUGUUAAAAUGGAAAAAACUAGUAUUUCUUUUUUUCUUCGUCUUUUUUGGGCUUGAGAAGAAAUCAAUAUGUUUGCUUGAGUUUACUGAAUAACAAUGCAUAAAAUUGUAGUUAAAAAGAAAUGCUGACACUUCCACUUGAAGCAGUAGCAUAAUUUUAGAUGUGUUUAUUUUCUUCUUGACCCUUAACCCUAAAAGGUAGGACCUCUCAUUUGUUUCCAUGGAGUAAAACGGAGAUUAGGUAGUAAAAAAAUAGAUAUUUUUCAAUGUAAAUGAUUUUACCAUCACAACAACCACUGUCUUAAAUGUAGUGCUACAGGAAUAAUAACACACAAAACAACAGAAAUGUCUAGUUCGUUGUUUGCUCAUGUUACCAAAAUGGAAAUCUAGUUUUAUCAUCUUGAAAAAUACCUGCAGUCAGAUAAUCAUCAGUUACUCUUAAAGUAUACAAGAUGUGUGUUCUUGUUAAAGUUUGCAAUGUUAGAACAGCUAUGCACCACAUAGGUUUUUUAAUGUUAUGAAUACAUUUAAAAUGUACUGUAACAGAUUUAUUUUUCAAUUUUUUAUUCUUUAAUUAGGAUUAAAAAAAUAAAUAAAUAGUGAAUUCUGACACAAGAUUUUACACAUAAAUGCCUCUUAAAUAAUGUAUCAUUAAGCCCAGAAUUAAUCAUACCCCUGGAAUAUUUACAUUAAAAGUAAUCUUUUAUUUUGACCAACUUAAAAAAUAGCUUUAGGCUACCAGAGCUCAACGCCAAAGAUAAACUGACUAAAUCCCAGAGGAAAAAAGCUGAUCAGCAGUUAUAAUAAAAAGUUCCUACUGAUUAUUCUAAAAAAACAAAAAAGUGUUUUUAAUAUGCUUGUUAAGGUUAUUUAUUUAAAAAGUGGCAGGAAUCAUUGGAUUCCUGCCACUUCUAUAAUAUGAAACAUCUUCUGAAAGCGAUAGCUCUUGAUAAUGAUUUUUUAAAAACAUUUAUCAGAUUCAUCCAGUCACACAAACAUACACUUUCAUACACCAUCACACACAUCAGUGGGAAACUUUGGGUUAAGAGCCUUGCCCAAGGGCACAUUGACAUGCGAUUAUUCUACCCACUGAGCACCAGUCACUUUCAUUUCUCUGCUACAGAUGAUUUUCUUUUAAUCAUCUCAAAGGUGAAAAAUGAAUUUAAUUUUGACCACAAAACUAAGGAAUUUUGGCUCACAUUUCGGAUUUAUAUUUUGUGUUUUCAAGCAAAAAUCAAGCAGUUGCCGCUUCUUGUUUUUCAUUGCCGGUGUCCGAUGAGAGCGUCGAUUAUCAGAACAUGCUUGGAGACUAAUCCCUCCCAUUCGUCUGUUCCUCUCUGUCCUCCUUCCCCGCAGGAGGUAAAGUGGGCGACCAGUCCUCCUCCUCCCUGCGCUUUGUACCUCAGCCUCUGUACUCGUAGGAGUUAACUGUAAAAUAAUAGUAUGUAUAGAUUCACCGAAUGUGUGAGGAAGCAUGCAUGCAAGGAACUCUGGCUGGUCACCCCAGCGCAGCUUAAGACCACCAAAUUAUAUGCAUUCGUUUGCAGAGGAACAUUAAGAAAUUCAAUGUUUGUUUGUUUUUUUGUAAAUAACUUUUUUCUUUCCUUUUUUUUUAUUAAUAAAUAAAUAAAACAAAGCAAAAAAAAAAAGUUGCACAUAUACAUUUAACUCACUGCUUUUGCUUUGAUGUUCUGGAAGCUAUGAAGAAUGUUGCAGGGAACCCUUUAGUAGCACCACUGAGAGAAAGCAUAAAACAAACAGCAAACAUGCCCAUUCUGGUUCUGUUAAGUAAAAGAGGGCUUUAAAAACCACAUUGCCUCCUCUGAUUCAACUAAUUUACACUGCCACUCUAUUUUUAAUUCCUUUAUUUUUGUUAGUAUGUGCACAAUGCAAAUCUAAAUCAUAAUAGAUAUUGUAAGCCAUUCUUUCACCAUUCACUUCGGAGGAGUCCAAUUUAAAAUAUGGCCUCGGCAAUGACUCGUGUGCUUUUGUGCACAUUUUCCAUGAAAAGCCUCCGUCGGCGCCCACACACCGUUUGAUCCGAUCUCACUUCAGAUUCUUUUCACACCCCUUCUUCAAAAGGAAUCCUUUAGGAAAUAUCCGAUUUUUACGUGCUCUUGCUGAGACUUUGUGCACAGCAGAAAUAGGGUCUUGUUUGGCAGGAAAUGCUGAAAAAUGUGGGGGAAAUGAAUCCAGCGGACACCUCCCUCUGUUUGUCUUCGCUUUAACUCUUAGAUUAAGUCUCAGUUUCAAAGUGGAAUGAAAACAAUGUGGAUAUUAGCCGAGAUAUCUCACUGCAGCCUGUUCUGAUGAGACAUUUGAAUGUAACAACAGGUAAGAUUUUCCAAAGCAUGUCAAGAUGAUUUUCACAUUUUAUUUUUUUAGUGGGAUGAAGAGGAAAAAAAAAAAAAAAUCUAUCACAUGAGCUUUGAAUUGAUUCUGGUUCAAAA